UUUUCCAUACUAUCUCCCUAAUAAAAAAUUAUUAUUCCAAUUCACAUUAUAUAGAAAAAUGAAACAGGAAGGAAAAAGGAAAAGCAUUAUUUCCACAACUGAGAAUUCUGCUAACACAUCACCACAACUCUCUCCAAAACGGAGAACAUCAACAAAAAUGGCUUUUAAUCGGCUGAUAUUUUUACAAACAAUUUUAUUGUUCACCAUAUCAACCGGUCUCCUACCUUCUUUUGUAGAUGCCGAUAUAGCCGUUAAAAUUGAAAGACAUUUUCCUUGUUCUCCCUCUUCGGGCCCAAACAAGAACAAUAUGCUCAUAAAGUUUCCAAGUUACAAGUCUACUGGAGUUAAUUUUAAGGAGGAAACAGACAGCGCAGGUCAUAAAUGCUUCCAAAUGAGUGGAGGGAAAGUGGAGGUAAACCAACCAGGCCUGGACGGCUCCAAAAAAUAUUAUGUCCAUGUUGAGACAAGAAUCGGCAUUCACGGCAAGCCUGAACGCUGUGUUAAUCCGGAUAAAGACAAUUGUGGGGGAAUAGGUUCUUGUGUCCAUUGUGAUAUUUGUAAAACUAUGGGAGGAUCACUCAAAAGCUUUAUUCAAAUUUUCAAAGGAAACAAACCUGCUGAAUGCAGAUUGCCAGCCGGAACGUAUGAUGACCUUUCCUUGCGUAAUUCGAGUAGAGCAGAGCAAUUGUGGGAUAUUUUCAUCAGUAGCAGAGCACGUUCUGGAGGGGAAAUUCCACUGGUUAUAGCUGCACGUAUUUUUGAUCGUCCCAUAAAUAAAUUGUCCAUAAAGGAAUUAAAUGAUGCUUUACAUGGUAGCAAAAAAGGCAUGAUUGGAUGUCACUGGAUUUAUGCAACAGUUAAAAGUGUUUGAUAAGCAGAUUGGAAGCAAAAUUUUUAUUUUAUCUUGUUUAACUCAAAAAACAUUCUCUACAAUUUUUCUAAAAUUUUUUCUAGAUUUAAUUAAAUAUACGAGAAUAAAUUUGAAU